AUGGAUUCAUCUCUCUCUAAUAAUAAUAACCAUAGUUAUAAUAAUUAUAAUAAUAAUAACACAUAUCCCAUGAUAAAUGAAAAACCCCACCAAAAUCAACAACAAAGACAAAAUAAUGAAAAUACAGAACAUCACCUAAUCAAUCAAUUUGAUAAUAAAAACUCUGCUUCACUUUUGAAUCAGAGUGGUAAUUAUCAAAAUAGUAUGAACAACAACAACAACAACAACAAUCAACAAAGUUAUAAAAGACAACACAGUGACACAAGCGAUUCCGAUUUAACCAGUAGUAGUAGCAUGAGUAGUAGCGGCAGUGGAAGUAGUAGUGAAAGUGAUAGUGAUACUCACUCUAGUAGUAGUAGUCUUAGUGACUCUGAUAGUGAUGAUGAUCGUUAUAACACAAAUAAAAAUAUUCAAAAUAAUAAUAAUAAUAAUAAUAAUAACAACUACAACAACAACAACAACAUCAACAAUAUCAUCAACAACAACAGCAAUACAAACAACAGCAAUAUCAAUAACAAUAUCAACAACAACAACAACAACAACAAUAUCAAUAACAAUAUCAACAACAAUACAAACAACAGCAAUACAAACAACAGCAAUACAGGCAACAGCAAUAUCAAUAGUAGCAAUACCAAUAACAGCAAUAUCAAUAACAGCAAUACAAACAACAGCAAUAUCAAUAACAGCAAUACGAGCAACAGCAAUACCAACAGCAAUAUCAAUAGCAGCAAUACAAACAACAGCAAUACAAUCAACAACAAUACAAACAACAGUAAUAUAAACAACAAUAAUACAAACAACAGCAAUAUCAAUAGCAGCAAUAGCAGCAAUACCAACAACAACAACAACAACAACAACAACAACAACAACAACAACAACAACAACAACAACAACAACAACAACAACAACAACAACAACAACAACAACAACAAUACAAACAACAGCAAUUCAAGCAACAAUAAUAUAAACAACAGUAAUAUCAACAAUAGUAAUAUCAACAAUAGUAAUAUCAACAACAAUAAUAUCAACAAUAUCAACAAUAAUGUCAGCAAUACCAAUAACAGCAAUACAAACAACAGUAAUAUCAAAAAUACCAACAAUAACAAUACCAAUAUCAACGAUCAUAACAACACCACUAUCAAUAAUAAUAAUAAUAAUAAUAAUGUGAGUAGUAGUAGUAAUAGUUCAAAAAGAAAGAAUUCCGAAAAUAUAUCAAAAUCUAUGCAAACCCAUGUAGAUACCCCACCACUUCAAAAUGAAGUUAGACUACCAAUAAUAGGGAAAAAACCAAUUUUUGAAUUCCCAUACAAUAUAUCAUCAUUAACAUGGGAUAUAGAUCAUUUAAAUAAUUUAGAGAAUAUAUAUUGUUAUUGUGGUAAAGAUAAAUAUAAAACAAUGAUUAGAUGUGAUCUUUGUAAACAGGUAUUUCAUAUUGAAUGUAUACAAUUAUUGGAAGGAUCACAACAAUUACAUGGUGAUUGGGUUUACAGAUUCACAUGUUCAGUUUGUAAUGAAGAUAGCGAAACAUUUGAAAGAUUCUCAAAGAAUUGGGUUGACAUUUUAGAAAUCACUUUAUUCAAUUUAACACAAUCUAAAAUUGAACAAUUAGAAAAAUUAGAAAGAAAAUCAAAUGGUAAUGGUGGUGGUGGUUCACCACCAAUCACAUUUAAUGAUUUAAAAUCAUCAAUUAAUGCAAAUUCGAGUAUGGAUGAAAUUAAUUUCAAUAACUUAAAAUCAAAUUCAAUUAAUCAAUUAAAAAAAGGUGUUUACUUUCACUUAGAAGAAGAGAUUAUACCAUUUAUUGAAAAAAAUUGGAAUUUAUUAUGUUCUGAUAAAAAAAAAAAAGCACAAUGGCAAAAACAAUUAAUGCCAGCGUUAAAUAGUGGUAGAAUUUUUAAAAGUGGAUUUAUAAAUUAUAGGAAGAAUGGUAUGUGGGCAUUAGGUACAGAUCAAUUAUUGUUAAAGGAUAAUUCAAUGUUUAAGGAUAAAGUUUUAGCACCAUUACAUAGAAAUAGAAAGAAGAAAAAGACAUCGGAAGAGGAGAGAGAUAAAUAUAUUACAAAGUUAUUAUUGGUACCAACUAAAGAGGGUACUUAUAUACCAACCAUUGAAUAUGAUACAUUGUGUAUAGCAAAAACAAACUCCGCUCCACAAAUUAUACUAAGAGAUAAUACAUUCCUUUCAGUUACAAGUCAUGAGGGUUAUCGUAUGGCAAGAUCUUCAUUCCCUUGUGUCUAUGGUGAGUGGUAUUAUGAGAUUGAGGUUUUAGAACCAUCGAAAAUUGAUCACUCACAACAACAACAGCAGCAAUUAUUGCAGCAGCAACAGCAGCAGCAACAAAAUUCACCAUCGCAUUCAUAUCAAUCACAAGCACAGUAUUAUCAACAAUUGCAACAACAAUAUCAAUUACAGCAACAACAAUUACAGCAAAAACAACAGCAACAGGAACAAAAGCCCUAUGCUUGUAGAUUAGGCUGGUCGUCACCAAAAGGUGAUUGUCAGGCAAAUGUUGGUUAUGAUUAUUUUAGUUACUCUUAUCGUAGUACUCAAGGUGAUAUUUUUCAUAAUGCAAGAUCCAAACCAUAUGGUGAAACUUAUAAACAAGGUGAUGUCAUUGGUUUUUACAUUAAUUUACCAUUGGAAGAGGAUGAUAUCAAUAAAGAAAAGAUUAAAGAAUUUCCAAAUAUUAAUCAAUUAGAUAUCUAUGAAAUGAUUUCAAAUGAUUUAUCAUUACCAUCCGAUCAACCAUUAACACCAUUGAAAGGUAGUUUUAUUCAAUUCUUUAAGAAUGGUCUUUCACCUGGUCCUGCUUUUACAAAUAUUGGUAAAUCAUUCUAUUAUCCUGCAGCUUCACUUUAUAUGGGCGCAACUGUUAAAUUUAAUUUUGGUCCUGAUUUUAAAUAUCCUCCACCUUCUCAUUUAAAUCCAAAACCAUUUUGUUUAAUUAAUAAUAAUAAUAAUAAAUAA